AUGGCACUGAGUAAAACGACCAAAGGACCAAACAAACACAUACAUGCAUUCUUUGAACUUGAAGAAGUAAGUCAUGUAAGAAAAAGACCCUUUGUUCAACUAAAUAAUGAACAGCAUUUCAUGAAAUUUGAAAAGGUAACCGAAAAUAAGAAUUACGAUGGAAGCUUCAGACCAAUUAUUGAAUACUUAAAGAAGCAAGGAGAGCGCCAUCCAGAGAGUGAAGCUGUAUUUGAAGAGAUGGGGAAAUUAGAAAGAAAUAGAGGAAGACUCGGAGAUAUAGAUAUCGGUAAAGCUCUCAAGAUGCCAGACUUGGAAGAAGCUCACGCCUAUUUGAAGAAUAUUAGUCUAAAAGGUUACAUGAACAAUGUAGCCAAAUUCGAUACUAUGUGGGCACAAGAGCACAGCGGAGAUAAUACAAAUAGAAUAAAAAUAAAACUCCAGCCGUGGAAAGAAGACAACCCCGUAGUUAAAAACAGCAGAAUUUGGCUCAGCUCGGCUUUAAGUGGAAGAACAAAAAGAGUCAAAACAUUAGUCAUAGUAAGUGACACCAAGAUGGGGAAGACUGAAUUCGUAAAUGAUUUAUUAAAGAAUUUAAAAGUAGACGAAUUCAGAGGAAGAUUCAUGAUGGAUGGCCACAACGAAAGCUUAAAGUAUGAUAUACGUCUAUUCGACGAUGCUAAUUUAAACGAUAUCAUAUGGCCAGAAUUUAAAUCGUUAAUUAGUACCAGAGGAGAACAGAUUACAAUUAAUGUGAAAUAUUCACACGCAAGAGUAACCUCUAUUCCAACAAUACUCGUACUUAAUCCAGGAAGUUGGAAAGCACUCCAACAAACAGCAAAAGAGUAUGAAGAUUUCGAUUGGCUAGAAAAGAAUUCCGUCGUACUAUUUACUAAAGAGAAAUUAUUCAAAGAACCUCCACCUAAACCACAAAUAGAACAAGAUAAGAGUAAAUAUGCUGGUCUAGAUCCUAAAUUAGUAGAAAUGCUAUUAGAAAACGAAAUAGAAGAAGAUGUAGAAUUAGAUGAUAUGGGAGAUGACACUAUAGAUGAUUUAGAUGAUGCAAUAUACCAACUAGAACAAGAGAGUCUACCUCCUCCUAUAGUAUUAGAACAACCAUUAAUAGAAGAAGUACCAUCAAAAAGAGUAGCUGUAGAUGAUCACGAAAUACAAAAGAGAUUUUUCGACUUAACAAAGAAUACAAUAACAGAAGAAGGAAAUGAUAAAUAUAUAACAGUUCAAAGUGGAAAGAAAAUAAGAAUAGCUGAUGAAGAUAGUGAAGAAGAAGAAAGUGAAGAUGAUCCAGAUGCUUUAGCAAACAAUUGGAAUACAGGUAAUUUUUAA